AACGUCAAAUUUCGAAAAGUCAUUCAUUCAUACGGCGUUUUUGGCUAAUUCUAACAAAACAAUUUUGUACGAUUUUCCAUUUCAAAAUAGUGAUAAUUCCACGCAAACACUAUGUCUGCGGCUAAGGAGGAUACGUUGAAGCAGUUUUGCGACGUCACAGGCGCCGAUGAGUCCCGUAGCAGAUUCUUUUUGGAAUCUUCAAACUGGCAGCUCGAGGUAGCUCUAUCAAGUUUCUAUGAGCACGGUGGCAACGCAGACGCGUCAGGCGCGGCGCCGUCAAACGCUCAGGCCGCGGCAGCUCUGUCGGACAGCGACAUGGACUCCCCUCCCGUCUCCCCGUUCAGACCUCAGAAGAAGGACAAGAAGCCCAAACAGAGCAGCAACCAGAAGUUCGCCACGCUCAGCUCUCUGCAGCAAGACGAGGAUUCCAGUGAUGAGGAGGAAGGUCAAGCAUUCUAUGCAGGCGGGUCAGAUCGCUCGGGACAACAGAUCAUAGGGCCCGGGAAAGGGAAAAAAGAUGUAGUCACAGAAGUGUUCAAGAGUGUCAGAGAACGUGGGGCAGUGAUGUUUGAAGACGAGCCAUCAUCUACAAGUCGGGGCAACAGACCUUUUGGAGGUGCCGGCUACAGACUAGGACAAACAAAUGACGAUCACGAGCAGGUGGCGCCCGCGGCCGGCUCCCAGUCUGCACAGGAGGGUCCCCGCUCGGUGCGUCUCCGCCUUUACCGCUCCGGGUUCACGGUGGACGCGGGCGCUCUGAGGCGCUACUCGGACCCUGAACACGCCGAGUUCCUCAACUGUAUACGUAGAGGUGAGAUCCCGGCGGAGCUAUCGGAGGCGGGCGGCGAGGUGCGCGUGACGCUCGAGGACAGACGCCACGAGGAGUGUCCUACUGGCGCCCCCGCCGCCGCCCGCGCCUUCAGCGGGAAGGGACAUCUGCUGGGCAGCCCAACGCCGCCGACAGUGGGCGCCACUGCGCCCGUAGCGGCGGAUGUACAGGACGCGGCCGCCAACGAGCGAGCCGCCAUCGCCGCGCUCAACUUAGACGAGACACAGCCCGUCACUAGUAUACAGUUCCGGCUGCCCGACGGCUCUCGCCUGGCCGGUCGCUUCAACCACACGCACACGGUGGGGCAACUCCGGCAGUACAUCGUGACCGCACUCCCGAUUUACCAGCUGAGGCCAUUCGUCCUCCAAACGACCUUCCCCAGUGCCGAGUUGACAGACGACAGCCAGACGGUCAAAGAGGCUAACCUGCUAAACUCUGUCUGCGUUGUGCGAUUGAAGUGAAUUGUUUGGAGUAACCCCCCGUUCCCUCUAUUUCUGUCGGGACGAUAUUUUAUCGGAUAAGCAUGUAAAUCGGUGUCCGAGUGUGAACUCAUACACGAUAAAAAUCGUCCCGACAGAUGGCAUAGUGGAAACGAACUCUUAGGCCCAGCACACAGACACUGCAACUGCUAGUUAAUUUUGAGUUGAAACCGGUUUCUAGUUGCGACGUGUGUUGUCUCUCAAAGGUAUCUAUUGCAUAAACUCAAAUGAAAAUCUAAAAUUAACUAGUAGUAGUAGAUUCGUUGCAGUUGCGUUUCACCAUGUGUGCUGGGCCUUAGGGCUUGAAACUACGUUAGUUAUGAGGGAUGUAAUGUUUGUGGCGUAGGUUAUUAUUAUUAGCCAAUUAAUUUAUUGAUUGGGUAAUUUUGAGCGCCGCAAAUGGGGAAGUGUGAAAGCAUAAUAAGGGUGUGUCUCGAUUAUUACAAUUUAUAGUCAUGCUAUGUAUGGGUUGCAAAGUAAAUUACCUAAUCACAUAACUUCAAGAGAUACUUAACUUGACAUUCUCAAGUAAGAAACUGGACUGUAUCUUUUGAAUGUGAGUUUAAUCGGUACCCACCCUUAGGUAAAGUAAAAGGGUACAGUAAAUUGGAACACGACAGGAUUAUGUAUCAUGGACAGAUUCCGAGAGUCUUUAAAGUAAAUCGAAGAUUUGCAUAUUACCUUUAUCCAGACUUUGUGAAGCUGGAGGUACAUAAUAAUAGCUUCUACUUUGUGGAUAUUGAUCCACCUGUAUAAAGUUACACAGAUAAUUAGAAUUUAUGAAAAUUUUGUACUGUCUUGCGUUUUCUAUGUCCAUUUUUAAUAAGCCAUCUACGUCUUGUAUGACCUAUGUCGAGUUGCAGAAAUAAUCUUUAAGCUAAUGUCGACAUUAAAUGUAGGUAUAUUAUUAUAUCUGUCUCUUUCUGUCCAUAUACUGUCAAACUAGGCAGCAAUACAUUCUAGGUCGACAUCAGCUUAAAGUCCCUUUCUGCAACUCAGCAGCAGUCACUUAAAUAAAAAGUAUGUAAAGUCUGAUUUUAUCUCAGAUGCUAAAUUAACAAGUACAAAUGUCAAAUAGUAAAAUAUUACUUGAUUUUAUUCAAUAUGACAUUUGCAAUAGUUAAAUUAUCUGAUAUAAAAGAAUAGAAGCUCUUACAGCUGUUUUGUUACUAUUUAUUAUUGCUUGUCGGUACAAAGGACUGUAAUUUAUUAGACUGCAGCGCUGUAAACCUGUGUAUAUGUCGCCUAACGUUGCAUAAAUAUAGUUUUAAUAACCUUUCCGUUAAGUCUUUUACAUGUUUUUGUAUGAGCAUUAUAAGAUAUGGAACUGUGUUGUACUCUAUGUAAUGAUUCCUUGAUGAAUGUGGAUAGUAAUUAUAAUAAAGUGUCUUAUAUCAA